UUGAGGUCUUAAUUCAAGUUUGUGUCGUUUUUUAUUGCGUGGUGGUAGCUGCUAUUCAAGAUGAAGGCAGCGGCAGAACAAACCUUGAGGUUAAUUUGGAAUGGAUAUCAAGUUUGGAAUCGAGUUUUAUUUAAAGGAGAACAACCUACUGAUACUUCAAUGGAUUUGAGUCUUAUUCAAUUGAGAGCUAUAGGAAUGUUGCCUUCAAAAACAUCUGAGGAAUCAAUUUCUUAUACACUUUUCAACGCCUUUAUGAUGGUAUCUUUGAUUGCAUUUGUGGCCUCUAUAACUGCUGAUCUUUAUGAAGCUUCAUCAGAUAUCAUAAUGUUCGGAGAAGAUCUCUGCGUGUUAGUUGGGGUCUACUUAAUUCUUCUAAAAAUUUUCCUAUACCGAAUCUACAAGAAAAAUAUCAUUUAUAUUGUUGGAGAAUUCCGCAGUCUAUUAAACAAAUACUCAACUGGAUCCGAAGCCAUUCGCAAGAUCCAAAGACAAAGCUACAUUCGAGACAUUGUCAUCUUUAAUACAUUCCUCAUUUUGGGUGAUUUUCUAUUUGUAGCUUUGGCUUUUCAACCAAUAUUUUCAGGUGAACCUGGAACUUUACCAUUUCGAGCAAAAUACCCAUUUUCUUUAGAAAACAAACGUACAUUCCAAGCAGUUUAUGGAUUUCAAUGCUUUUGUACUUUGAUUUGUCUCAAAGUUAUAAUUUAUAUUGAUAAUGUUGGUUGUAUAACAAUUCAUCAGACUGCUGUCAAUUUGGAAAUAUUAUGUGAAAAAAUUAGAGAAUUUGGUAAGAGAAGAAUGAGUCGUGAAGAUUUGGGAGAAAUUAUUGCUCAUCAUCAGAGAAUUAUCAAAUUGAUAAAAUAUGUCAACAAAUAUUAUUACUAUAAUUUUGUUGGUCAAGUUGGUGCAAGUACAUUUCUUAUAUGUUUGACAGCUUUUGAGGCCCAAAUUGCCAAAGAUCAACCGUUUGUAGCUUUGAAAUUUCAACUCUUCAUGAUUGCAUCAUUCAAUCAGCUUUUCUAUUGGUGCUGGGUUGGAAAUCAAGUUCGUUUUAAUUCGUUAGAGGUCGCUGCAGCUGCCUUUGAAUGUGAAUGGCUCACACAACCACCAACUUUUAGAAGAGAUUUGAUGUUUUUGAUUUUAAGGGCUCAGAAACCAUUGUCAUUUAGAGCUCAACCACUUUAUGGAUUUGAUUUUGAAGCAUUCUCAAGAAUACUGAGUUCAUCCUAUUCGGUUUUUACUAUGCUGAGAACAUUUAAUGAUUAA